CGUUUCCGUACAGACGCCAAGGAACAAACACCAUGGUGAAGCCCACGGGUGAGAGCUGCGGCAGACGAAAAAAGGACCUGAAACGGAAAGCCGCUACCGAAGAACCUCAGAAGGCUGCAGUCGCUGAGGAUGGGGCGACGGAAAGCGGGGCCCAGCCCCCGAAAGCUGCUGCCUUUCCUCCAGGCUUCAGCAUUUCGGAGAUUAAAAACAAACAACGGCGACACUUAAUGUUCACACGGUGGAAACAGCAGCAGCGUAAGGAAAAGUUAGCAGCUAAGAAAAAAAUUAAAAAGGAGAGAGAGGCUCUUGGUGAUCAGGCUCCACCAAAGCCUAUACCCAAGACCAUUGACAACCAGCGAGUGUGUGAUGAAACCAUAGUAGACCCUAAUGAUGAGGAGGUUGCUUAUGAUGAAGCUACAGAUGAAUUUGCUUCUUACUUCAACAAACAAACUUCUCCCAAGAUUCUUAUCACAACAUCAGAUAGACCUCAUGGGAGAACAGUACGACUCUGUGAACAGCUCUCCACAGUUAUACCAAACUCUCAUGUUUACUACAGAAGAGGACUGGCUCUGAAAAAAAUUACUCCACAGUGCAUCUCAAGAGAUUUCACAGACCUGAUCGUUAUUAAUGAAGAUCGUAAAAUACCAAAUGGAUUAGUUCUGAGUCACUUGCCACAUGGCCCAACUGCUCAUUUUAAAAUGAGCAGUGUUCGUUUACGUAAAGAAAUUAAGAGAAGAGGCAAGGACCCCACAGAACACGUACCUGAAAUAAUUUUGAAUAAUUUUACAACCCGGCUGGGUCAUUCUGUUGGGCGUAUGUUCGCAUCUCUCUUUCCUCAUAAUCCUCAGUUUAUUGGAAGGCAGGUUGCCACAUUCCACAAUCAACGGGAUUAUAUCUUCUUCAGAUUUCACAGGUACAUAUUCAAGAGUGAAAAGAAAGUGGGAAUUCAGGAACUUGGACCCCGUUUUACUUUAAAAUUAAGAUCUCUUCAGAAAGGAACCUUUGAUUCUAAAUAUGGAGAAUAUGAAUGGGUCCAUAAGCCCCGGGAAAUGGAUACAAGUAGAAGAAAAUUCCAUUUAUAAAGUACUGAAGUAAUAGUAUUGGAUUGUGAACAUGUCCAUCUUGAAGACUGAAGACUCUCUUCAAAAUGGCA